CUGUGGUCUCUGGCCCAUGGCUGCUUCCUAUGGCCCCAUGGCUUAUGACUUUGACCCCAUGGCUCCAGACUAUGGUGAAGUGAACAUCACUGGUGGCACAGAUGUCCAGCCAGGAGCCUGGGCCGGGAUUGUCAGCAUCCAGGAUCCCUGGAAACCAGGCACAGGGCACAUCUGUGGAGGGUCCCUCAUCAGCACAGAGUGGGUCCUCACAGCUGCCCACUGCUUCAUCAACGCCAGGAACACCAGCACAUGGCAUGUGGUGGCUGGGGCCACCCGGUUGACCAAGCUGGGCCCUGAGGUGCAAGUGCGCCAGAUUAAGCAGCUGCGGGUUCAUGAACACUAUAUUCCUGGUGAGGAGAGGAACAACAUUGCCUUGCUGAAGUUGGACCAGCCUGUCGUGUGCAACCACUACGUACAGCUGGGCUGUGUGCCUGACACCACACUGAAAGUGUUGGAGCUGGAAGCCUGUUACAUUGCUGGCUGGGGUAUUACUACUACAAGAGCUCAAAGACCAAGUGAUGUGCUGCAGGAGGCCAAGAUCCACCUCAUUGAUGUCCAGCUCUGUAACAGCAGCCUCUGGUACACAGGGGCCAUCCACACUCAACAUCUGUGUGCUGGUUACUCAGUGGGUGGCAUCAACCCCUGCCAGGGUGACAGCGGUGGUCCUCUGGUGUGCAAAGAUAACAAUGCUGCCUUCUUCUGGCUCAUUGGUGUGGCCAGCUGGGUGAAAGACUGUGCAGGAGCAAAACAGCCUGGUGUCUACACCUCCGUUCAGCACUUCUAUGACUGGAUCCUGGUCCAGAUAGACCCGCAGACACAGAGAAGGGCAUCAAGACAUUCUAUGACUGCCCUAACUCCCCCUCAGAAGCCAAGACCAACACCAACACCAUUUUCACUCCAGAAGAUGGUGGAAUUUUUUAGUCAGGCACAGGAGCUCCUUCAGGUCUUAAGGAGAAAAGUGGCUGAAGAAGCAGGAUGAACAGGAUCCAGUGCAGGCUGCAGUGGACCAUGACCAUUUUCUUUUGGAGCAAUGUCUGCUGAUCCAAAGGGAGCUUCAGUGUCUAAGGCCUGCCCUAUCCUGCUCCUGCUUCUCCUCUGUGUGCAUACAAAUCCUGAAACUCACUUAGUUGUGGAAAUAAAGUUGUCUGGUUUCACUGUU